CGAAAAGGGUUUCUCAUCCUCUCUUGGGAUCAAAGUCACAAUCAGCUGAUUUCAUAAGAAUAGACGAUAGAAGAGGAUUUGUCAGCUCAGUGACUGGGAACCGCCUACACACUCACACUGAAACCGAAACCAGUUUCAAUCAGAAAGUGCUGAGGUUCAAAAUGGCUUCUAGAAUCCCGGCUGAGAUCUUGACCGAGGAGAUCAUUUGCCCGAUUUGUCUGGAUUUCUUCACUGACCCUGUUAGCCUGAGUUGUGGCCACAACUUCUGUCGCUCCUGUAUCACCCGGAGCUGGGAAAAGCAGGAGAAAAACUGCUGUGCUGUUUGUCAGGAGACAUUUCCAGAAAAGAACCUCACAGCCAGUUGGGCCUUGGCGAGUCUUGCAGAGAAAGCACGAAAAUUGGGCCUGACCCCGACACAGACGGAAAAUAAACUUCACUGUGAGAAACACCGGGAGCAACUGAAGCUGUUCUGUGAAUCUGACAUGAAAUUGCUGUGUGUAGUUUGCAGUCAUGGGCAGGAACACAGAGGUCACAGUUUCCUCCCCAUUGAGGAAGCUGUUCAAUUCUACAAGGAUAAAGUGAAACACGUCUUAGAUUCUCUCACACAGAGGAAGGAAACUGCUCUAAAAGCUGAAGCCAAACAGAGAGAAAAGAUUUCACAACUGAAGGAAAAGGUGAAGAGUGUGGAGACCCAAGUCACGGCUGAGUUUGCUAAAAUGCACCAGAGUCUGACUGACAUAGAGCAGCGAGUGAUGCGAGAUCUCAGACAGCGAGAGGAGGAGAUUUUAAAACGAAUGGAGACAAAUCUGCGAGAGAUUCAGGGCAAAUUAGAUUCUACUCAACAAGAGCUCUCCGAGUUACAGACGCAGAUGAAAAAAGAGGAUCUCACCUUCCUGCAGGAGGAAGCUGCUGGCAACACAAGGGUCAGUGACGAGGGGUUUGAUCUGUCGGUGUGUGAGGAUGAGCUGCCUGUGGGGAUAUACAAAGGGCCUAUACAGUACACAGCCUGGAGACAGAUGAUACACGGCAUCAGCCCAGCUCCGGCCUCUCUGACUCUGGAUCCUGACACAGCGCAUCCCGAGCUCAUCCUGUCUGAGGACCUGACCAGCGUGAGACUCGGAGACACACGGCAGCAGCUCCCGGACUCCCCGAAGAGGUUUGAUCCCGUUGUCAUUGUCCUGGGGUCUGAGGGCUUCACAUCAGGGAGACAUUACUGGGAGGUGCAGGUGGCCAACAAGACACAGUGGGCAGUGGGAUUGGCCCGAGAGUCUGUCAACAGGAAAGGAAAGAUCACAGUGACACCAGAGGAUGGAUACUGGGCUGUGUGGCUGAGAAACGGGGAUGAAUAUAAAGCUCUGACCUCACCUCCCACCCCCCUGACCCUGAGAGAGAGACCCGGGAAGGUGGGAGUGUUCCUGGACUAUGAGGGGGGAGAGGUGACAUUUUACAACGCCGAUAACAUGUCUCAUCUCCACACUUUCACCCAGACUUUCACUGAGAAACUUUAUCCAUUCUUCGGUCCCGGUUUGAACGACGGCGGCAAAAACUCUGAGCCUCUGAGGAUCUGCCGAGUGACAGAUUGAUGAGGAGGGAAACCCUCAGCCAUGACCUGUGUUUGGCGGUGAUGGCCACGAGG